GAUGCACUGAUUAGCUGAGCAGGUCCUAAUCCUUAGCCCCCUAGGGUGCCUGGUGUGAGUGUGUGUGUGUGUGUGUGUGUGUGUGUGUGUGUGUGUGUGUGUGUGUGUGUGCGCGCGCGCGCGCGCACUCACAAACUCCAGGCUUUACAGAGUUCUGGGGGCAGUCAAACUGGAAACAUGUCAGUGCCUUGGGAAGAAUAUUUCCAGAUCGUCUUGGAAGAAAAGCUGCUGGCAGAGAAGCCCCCGGCCCAUGAGGAUGGCUAUAUCAACCAUGCUGCCCAGCUGCUGGAGAAAAAGCAGGAGAUGGUAGAGGUGGAGGAGGCUCUGCGGGCCAAGAAGGAGGAGUUCCAGGUAAAGAUGUCAGCUCUGAAGCAGCGAAGGAAAGCCCUGGAACAGAAGGAGGAUGCUCUGAAGGAGUCCAUGGUCCGCUUUGACAAGUUCCUGAAGGACACAGAGGCUAAGCAGAGUCGAGCCCUGCGCCGCGCAGAGGAAGGACGGCAGACCGCUGCCCAGAAAGAGGCCGAGGCCAUGGCACUGAGGAAGGAAUUAGAGGGGCUCAUUAAGAGAAAGGAGCAGCUGGAGCGGAAACUGCACAAAUACAGACCCUUCGCCCGGUACCUGGAGCAGGUGGUGAGCCAGUCAGAGGAGUUUCAGGAGAUCCCUGAGCUGAUGGCCCGGUUCAGUGGGCUGUCUGAAGCGCAGACCAUCCUGGCUGAGCGACAGCAGGCUUUGCACAAGGCUGUGGAGGAAGCCAGGGCCGAGCUGCUCAAACUGGUGGAAGAAAAGAAUGACGAGAUACUGCAUCAGAACAACAGGGUGGCCGACCUGCAGCUUCGGCUGGAGGAGGUCAGGGCUCAGGCGCUGCGAUGGAUAAGGAAACUGAGGCACAGAGUGGAGUCAAGAUGGGUCCAUAUCCAGAACACAGCAGCCCAGAAGACCCUGCUUCUUGGGCAGAUCAAGAUGGCGGCCCUCAACCUGUUCCAGCUGGUCUGCAAGCAGAAGAAGGAGGUCCCUGCAUUGGCUGUGGAGGACACAGAGGGGCAGUUGGAGCAGGUACAGUGGCACUUCCAGGACCUUUCCGCCACGUUGGCCAAGCUCACCAAGGAGAGCCUGGACCCUCCGCCGCUGACCACUAGGCCUCUUCCAAGAGGGAAGCUGCUGACAGAAGAGGUAGGUCUGGACCCAGGCAUCUUCUCGAGCACACGUGUGUAUCUAGCAGUGAGGAGCCCUGGCAGAUCUGGACAUGUACGUGGGUAUCUAGCAGCGUCCCACAGUCAAGAGAUCCACACCAUUGACCCCUGCACAGUCAGGACAACUCAACAGAUCUGAUUCAAGAU